AUGCGCCUGCUCGAUCACUUCGAUGUAGAGGGACCUAAUGGGAUACAUCCCUGUUUGGUUCUCGAGAUGCUAGGUCCAAGUGUGUCUGAUUUGGUGGAGGGGCGGUUUGCAGAUGGAAGACUCCCUGGAAGUUUGGCUAAGGGUGUUGCGAGGCAGGCUUUGAUGGGACUGGAUGCAUUGCAUCGUAGGGAGAUUGCGCAUGGAGAUUUCCAUAUCCGCAAUCUGGCCUUCGCUAUAUAUCCUAUGGCUAAUAUCCCGGAAGAUGAAUUCAUCAAUCUACUAGGAAAACCAGAUGUCAGAUACGUCCACUGCAACGAUGGUGGAAGACUGGGGCAUGGUAUACCGGAGUAUAUUGUUAGACCUGCGAGUCUACACUCACGAUCAUGGCCUUUAUCAGAUACCAUCAAGCUAGUCGACUUUGGUGAAUCGUUCCCACGGAAAGAUGCACCCAAGACACUCCACACUCCAUUGGUAGUUCGGGCACCUGAAGUGAUAUUCAAAGAUCGUCUGGAUUAUCGUGUGGAUUUGUGGAGUUUAGGCUGUAUGUUAUUCGAGUUAUUUGUCGGUCAACCUCCAUUUGACAGCUUCUUGAUCACUCCCAAGAUUCUCGUUGAGCAAAUGCAAGAAAUGGGGGGCGAAGCAUUGCCUGACAGAUGGGCACCUUUAUGGGAGUCCAUGCGUGGUGAGAAUGCCACUGAAGCCGGGGGCCCUGGAUUGCAAGAGUGGUUGGAGGAGAUGUACUUUGAUGGUGAGCGCAAAGAGGACAUGACGAGAGAUGAUAUUGUGGAGCUGGGGAGGAUUAUUCGGAAGUUGCUACGCUUUGAACCAGGUGCUCGUGCUUCGGUGGAGGAAAUCUUGAACGAUCCAUGGUUUGAAAAUUAA